CAAAUGCCCAUCCAGGUAGUCGUUUGUGCUCCAUUUUGGUGUUCUGUAUUACAUAUUAAACGAAUGUAUUAUCAUUUCAUAUUGAGUGAUACCGUCAGUUUACUGUCGCCGGGCCACGUGAUCAGAGGUCUAAACGAUUUUUUAGUAGAUUUCGUUGGCUUCGAACCGUGUCAGAUUCCAGCGAAUCUUUAUUGCAGUGAUAUCAUAUUGUCGAGAUAGAUUGCAGCUUGCCAACAAGAAAUGGAUUUUAUAUUUCUUUGGCUGGUUACUUUCGUCCUAGGCUUCUGGAUUUGCAAGAAAAUAAAGCAAUGGAAGGACUUACCUCCUGGGCCAUGGGGCCUCCCUGUAGUUGGAUAUUUACCAUUUUUUGAUCGCUUUAACCCCCAUCUUACAUUGACGAAACUAGCGAAGGAAUAUGGACCAAUAUAUUCAAUUGGAAUGGGGAGUGUUUACACGGUCGUACUUUCUGACCACAAGUUAAUACGAGAAGCUUUUGCUAAAGACAGUUUCUCUGGUCGCGCACCGUUGUAUUUGACGCAUGGUAUUAUGAAGGGAAAAGGUAUUAUUUGUGCUGAAGGAGCCCUGUGGAAAGAUCAGCGCAAAUCGAUAACGGCUUGGCUUAAGAGUUUUGGUAUGAGUAAACACAGUACGUCUCGUGAUAAAUUGGAGAAGAGGAUCGCUUCAGGCGUGUACGAGUUAUUACAAAACGUGAAGGAAGCCUUAGGAGCCCCUACUGAUUUGGCCGAAAUAGUGACGAAUUCACUUGGAAACGUAGUAAAUGAUAUUAUUUUUGGAUACAAAUUUCCACCAAACGAUGUUACUUGGCAAUGGUUUAGAGAAAUACAAGAAGAAGGAUGUCAUGAAAUGGGUGUAGCUGGUGCUGUCAAUUUUCUUCCAUUUCUUCGAUUUAUACAACCAUCCAUUCAGAAAACCAUAGAAGUUCUCGUACGUGGCCAAGCUCAAACUCAUAGACUUUAUGCGAGCAUCGUAGCAAGACGUCGCAAAAUGCUUGGAAUUGAAACACCUGAGGGAGCUGCAUACGCGGCACACGACGAUCUCUAUGACCAACAUCCCGAAGGCUUUAUCAAAUGUAUAAAAUACAGUAAAUAUUCAAGUAAUACUGAAGAGCAUUACUUUGAUCCAAACGUUCUAAUUGCUUCUGAAGAUGAAUGUAUUGUAGACAAUUUCCUCAAAGAGCAAAAGCGAAGAUUUGAAUCUAACGAAGAGUCAGCCAAAUAUAUGAAAGAUGAACAAUUGAUGUAUCUCUUGGCGGAUAUGUUCGGAGCUGGUCUUGAUACGACGUCAGUGACACUUGCGUGGUACUUUUUGUACAUGUCUAUAUUUCCAGACGAACAGGAACGUGUACGCCAAGAAAUUAUGUCUGUAUGUCCGGAUGACUCUCAAAUAGAUAUUUCAAAAUUACCUUAUUUAAUGGCAACGAUAUGUGAGACUCAAAGAAUUCGCUCUAUUGUACCAGUUGGAAUACCUCAUGGAUGCACACAAGAUACUUAUUUGGCCAAUUAUCGUAUACCAAAAGGAACUAUGGUGGUGCCUCUACAAUGGGCAAUACAUACGGAUCCCAAUAUUUGGGAGGAUCCUAAUGAAUUUAGACCUCGGCGAUUUAUAGAUGAUGAGGGUAAUCUACUGAAACCACAAGAGUUUAUACCGUUCCAAACUGGUAAGCGAAUGUGCCCUGGGGAUGAAUUAUCUAGAAUGUUGUCAGUCGGUCUGAUUACUAGAUUCCUUCGCUGCGUGAGAGUACGACUCGCAUCUGAACCACCCUCAGAAGAAGAUCUUAUGGGCAAAGUUGGACUGACGCUAGCUCCGCCCAAAACGAUGUACAUAUGUGAGCUUUUGUAGGCAUCAAAAGCUUUUUGGAACUAAUAAAAUAAUGGAUAAA